UUCUGUUAACUUCAUUCAAACCACCAUCUCAACAAAAUGUCUGGCCGUGGCAAAGGAGGAAAAGUGAAGGGAAAGGCAAAGUCCCGAUCAUCCCGUGCCGGACUUCAGUUUCCAGUAGGUCGUAUCCAUCGUCUGCUUCGCAAGGGCAACUAUGCUGAACGUGUUGGAGCAGGAGCUCCCGUCUAUCUGGCCGCCGUCAUGGAGUAUUUGGCUGCUGAAGUGCUGGAAUUGGCAGGAAACGCCGCUCGGGACAACAAAAAGACCCGUAUCAUCCCGCGUCAUCUGCAGCUGGCCAUCCGUAAUGACGAGGAGUUGAACAAACUGCUUUCGGGUGUGACAAUCGCUCAGGGAGGUGUUCUGCCCAACAUCCAGGCCGUGCUGCUGCCCAAGAAGACCGAGAAGAAGGCUUAAGAUGGAUAAACUCUGCCCCCUUAUCAAACCGUCCUUUUCAGGACGACAAAAUCAAUUUGUUGAAGAGUUGGUUGGAAAAUCGUUUCUAUAAAUUUUUCAUGCAGGUAUAUUUUUUUAUACCUGGAAGUGUUCGACUUUUAUUCAAAUUUGGAAAAAUUGCGAGAGACGCUAAAUAAUAUCGUCGAAUAAACAUGUUGAAAAUACAAGAAAACAUGCUGAUGUUAGCAAUUGAAAAGCAAUUUCUACGUUUUAUUGAGU